GCCAUACCUUCAUCUCAUCUCAGCAACUUAUUCUUCUCUUCUUACCUUCUCUUUCUGCUUUUUGAAAGCAAAACUAUGACACUUGUCACGCGAUGAGCGCUACACAGAGCCGUCCAAAAGUUCGACCGAGACCAAGAGUUCGGGCAUCACAAGAACCUGGAUCAGAGGAUGGCAGAGAUGGAAGGGAGAGCACUCAAUCUGCACGCUCCAAGUCACCUUCAGUCUCUGUAACUGCUUCUCCAAGUAAGAAGAAGAGCUCAGCGGCAUUUCAAAGGACAUCCUCCAAUACGACUGCAACUGCUCAUGAUGACGGUUCAGAAGACGAGGAUGACUUCUACUUCAACACGUCAAAGACCGCCAAAUUACACAUGCCUGCAGCAUCAAGCUUUGACGAUGAAGAGGAAGAUGAAUUGACGGAUAAUUCUCAAGGCACACCUCAAGAUAAGAAGCGUGCGAAGGACCACAAAGCUGCAUAUCGUGCUGAAUGGACAAAAAAAGCACCCAAACGGAGAUUCGGUAAUUUGGAUAGCGAUAUGGACUCUGACGAUGAAAACGCGAUGAGCGAUUCGACGGCCGAGGGCGGCAUCGGAAUCGGGAGAUCAUCCAGAGAGCCCUCUCAGCUGACAACGAAGAGAAGGGUAAGACAACGAUCAGCCUCACAAGAAGUCACUCCUCCUCCAGAAAUUAGCCCGGAAAAGCUCAAGAUGCUGAGAGUGACAGUGUCUACGUUCAUCAAGCAAAAUGGUGGUGCACAGGAGGAUAUCAAUGAUGAUAGUGCUAUGGAUGAAUUGUUCAAUAACGAAGACUUCAAUAAAAGCAUUCAUCCAGACCUUUUGAAGGCUUAUCGUGGUAAAGGUGGCGCUCAAUUACGGCAAAAGAUGAGGGAAACAAGACCCGCUACGUCUCAAACCCAAAAGCCUUUGCCGUUACCGCCACAAGUGAAAAAGGCUGUCUCUUCCACUCAGAAUGCUGCCAUUGAGCUGUCUGAUUCAGAUGACAACGUUCCUUCGACAUCGACCAAACGAAUUCUUCGCAGCGAUACUCAGGAGGAUCGGGAUUCAUCGCCCAUCGAAGUCAUGGAGGUCAGGCGGGCCACAAGUACUGCUGUUCCCAAGGCUGCCGUCACGAAUCAGGACCAAAGAGACAUCAAAUCUAGCUUGAUAUCGACUCCAGCAUAUACUGCGGAAAGACCACAAGAUUCUGCAAUCGCGAUGGCGGUUCCAACACCUGCUGAAGAAAGCGCUCCGGAGCCUGAGGAAGAGCGUAUCACAGUGAUCCUUAAAGCAGAAGGUGGACUUCAAGAAUCAGUCAUGGUGAAACAGACAACUCUGGUCGGUACGCUCUUGAAUCACUUCAUCAACACACAUCGAGACAAGAUUCCACACGAUCGGAUCUCCAAGGUGCGGAUUCGUCUCGAUGGUGACAUCCUACAAGACAAGCAAACGAUGCAAAAUCUUGAUGUAGAUGAUGAUGACCAGUUGGAUGUUGUAUGGUGAAUUGUCCGUACACGACGUUAAUUUAUACCUGACCGUAAGCUGUAUUAUAACAUUCAUUCUAAAGCACAUCAAGCGCUCUUGUUUCUGUGUAAAUUAUCAUUAUCCUGUACAAUAUCACGUCAUGAUCGUGAACACGAUGAAUGUCAACUACUUAUUCGAAGCAAUGCGAUAAAUAUUGACUCCGCUCUUGGCGAUCUUGUGUUCAUGAUCAGGCAUAUGUCCGACCAAAAGUUGGAAGUGCAUAUCUUUCGUUCUUGGCAAGACCAAAUCCGCC